UGUAGGCUGUUUCUUUUUCUUUUUGUCCUCGCUUCGUUUAACACAUAAUUACUGACACUGCCAUUUAUCUGUGACGACACAGACGGAGCUACUCAGUUAGUUCACCGGCCGCCAUCGUGGAAGGAAGGGAGAUCUCGAGGACGAUGGAGACACUUCGCUUAUUUGCAGUUUUACACCUUUGUUUAAUACCAGUCGCUAUAUCAGCUGUAGAAUAUGUUACAGUCGACAUAGAAGAAGGCACCAUCAGAGGUCGGAUGUUCCAAACGUAUACCGACAAACCCAUGUACAGAUUUGAAGGUAUUCCGUAUGCAGAACCACCAGUUGGAGAUCUCCGAUUCCAACCGCCAGUGAAAAAGUCGGCGUGGACUGGCGUGAAAGACACCCUGACGGCUGGACCGAAGUGUCCCCAGUACAGCAGCGGAGAAGCGAUCGGUGACGAGGACUGCUUGUACCUCAGCGUGUUCGGUCCAGGGACGCCGACGAGAAAUGGAACACUGAAAAAUGUUAUGGUUUUUAUCCACGGAGGAUGUUUCACAGGAGGAGCUGGUUCUGCGAGACCGUACUACUACGUGGACCAGGAUGUCAUACUUGUCAACAUAAAUUAUCGACUGGGACUUCUGGGUUUCCUGAGCACCGGCGAUGAGGUGGUCCCUGGGAACAUGGGUCUUAAGGACCAGACAGAGGCACUUCGCUGGGUCCAGAGGAACAUACAGGCUUUUGGAGGUGAUCCACAAAAAGUAACCAUCUUAGGUCAAAGUGCUGGAGGGGCAUCCGUUCAUUACCACGUUUUGUCUUCACUAAGCAAAGGUUUGUAUAAGAGCGCCAUAGCGAUGAGUGGAUCGGCAUUAAACCCUUGGGCAUUCACGAUAAACGCUACAGACAGAGCAGUGCGGUUUGCCAAACACCUGGGCUACACUGGGAAAAGUUCCACUGAUCUUCUGAACUUUUUCAAAAGUAUAAAUGCGAGCACACUAGUGAAGGACAGAACUGCUGCUCUUUCGGAAGAGGAUAGCCUCAGUUUGUUCACCUGUGUCUGGACGCCCACUGCCGAACCGGAACACGAUGGUGCCUUCUUGACGGAAAAGCCGUGGACGCUUGUUGCCGAAGGCCGCUAUAAUCUGGUUCCCUUCAUGGCUGGUAAUACUGACCUCGAGCGAGUUGGACACACACAGAAGGGUGGUAUAUUAUCCACUGAAAAACAAAUAAACAACCUGAAUGAGAACUUUGACGAGAUUGUGGGAUGUGAUCUACGACUUCCGACGAGGGAAGAACGGCUGAAAGGUGCCGCGUCCGUCAAAGAGUUCUACUACAACGGCAGCGACAUCACACUGAAGGACAACUACACCACCGCUCUUUUCGAUUCGCAUCAAUUUUUUGUGGAAGGAGUUGACGCUGUUGUUAGGAGCAUGGCUCGCUAUUCUUCGAAGCCUGUGUACACCUACCAAUUCUCGUUCGUUGGUCCCCUCAGCGCAUACCGUGGUGGCCCAGGUGCAGCUCAUACCGAUGACUUGAAAUACAUGCAUGCAGCAGACACACUGGAUUCUGAUUCGGAUGGAGGUAUAAUCAGGGAUCAGAUGAUAAAGAUGUGGACAAACUUCGCUAAAUAUGACAAUCCAACACCGGAACUGACUUCCCCACUGACUGAAACGUGGAAGGAGUACGACAAAUCUUCUCCUUACUAUCUGGAAAUAACGAGACCUCUUCGCCUCAAAACUAACUUGUCCGAACCAUACAUGACCUUUUGGCACAACCUGCUACCGUAAUGACAUUUCAUGUGUCACUAAUAAGCACAGUAAAACAA